AUGAACGGGCAGGAGCCCUCCGAAUUCAUCCCAGCGCCAAUGAACGUGGUCAGGAAUAACAUGAACGGGCAGGAGCCCCCCGAAUUCAUCCCAGCGCCAAUGAACAUGGUCAGGAAUAACAUGAACGGGCAGGAGCCCCCCGAAUACAUCCCAGCGCCAAUGAACAUGGUCAGGAAUAACAUGAACGGGCAGGAGCCCCCCGAAUACACCCCAGCGCCAAUGAACAUGGUCAAGACCAACAUGAACUGGCACCCCAACGCAGAAUUUGUGAUUGUACCUACAAAACCGGCAGGGACUGGCAGGAGGACAAUCAUCAUCGUGUCCUUAGUGCUUAUCGUUGUGAUUAUGGUCAUCACUGGGAUUGCCCUCUGGUACUUCCUGAUUGAAAAGCCGAAGGUCGACCAUCCCAAAUAUCCAUUAAACUUUGUGGGUGGCCUGUGCAUAACGAACAAAGAUUUUAACAGCAAUUAUGCAGAUAAAGCAACUGACACAUUUGAAACAGAGAUGAAGGAAGUUGGCAAACAGGUCAAAGAAGCUUUCACCUCGUCGGACAUCGAGUCGUACUACAACAAGUCAAGGGUCUUCACUUUUGGUAAAGGUAGCCUGUUGGCUUACUUCUGGAUAGACUUCCGAGUUACAGAGAAGCAGCGGAAGAACCUGACCGUGGAUUUGGUGAAGUCGACUCUAAACAAUUACUUCCAGACUGAAUCGACUGGCUAUCAGAUCAAGACAGCAUCCACCUCUGUAACCAAAAUGUCAAGAAAAGAUUUGAAAAUAUUGACGGCAGCAACAGAUUGUCACAGUUAUAGCUAUGUCAGCGCUGACCAAAGCACAGUACUCAAAGGGCCGGAGUCGGACACCAAGAGUUGCUACUGGCACCUGCAAGGCCCACCCGGGCUCCUGAUUAAACUGAAGGUUGAAUGGGUACUCAUUGGCUGCAGUGAUUGGAUCGCAGUCUACAACGAGGUGGCAACCAGUGGCCACACACUCUUGACAUCAAUCUACAAGUGCAGCUGGCAAGAACCAGUGGUGGAAAUAUUCUCAUCCUCCAAUGUGAUGUCAAUCAUAUGGAGGCAAGGACAGUACAGUUACUACGACCCAUUUCGGCUAACUGCACAGGCCAUGCCGAUGCUCGACUGUUCCAGGAAUAUCACAUUGACAGAAGGUUGGAACAUCCAAGGAAAUGCGAGCACACCAUUUUUCCCCAGUUACUAUCCGCCCCACACAGAGUGUACCUGGCAUUUCACUGUACCAUCCCUGGACUAUGGAAUCACACUGUGGUUUGACGGUUAUGAACUGGACACACCAACCUUCACUAAACCUUGCUUCCAGGGCCAGUGGAAGAUACAAAACAGGAAGCUGUGUGGGCGGAGAAUGCUGCAGCCGUACGCGGAGAGACUCUUUGUCGUGUCGCUGACCACAAUGGUGACCUUCACUUCCGAAGUGACCCUCACAGGCCCUGGAAUCCAAUUCUCCUACAGCCUCUUCAACCAGUCAGACCCCUGCCCCGACAAGGUUCUGUGUUCUGUAUCCGGUCUGUGUGUCACCGAAUGCGACGGCCUGAAGGACUGCAGCAACGGAGUGGACGAGAACAAUUGUGUUUGUCCUGCACAGUUCCACUGCGCUGAGGGAAACACCUGCCUCUCCUUACUGGAUGUCUGUAAUCAGGUUGCAGACUGUGAGACAGCCAACGAUGAACAGAGCUGUGAUGAGGCUGUACCAUGUGACCUGUUCACCUACAAGUGUGACGAUGGGACGUGUGUAAAGAAAGCCAACCCUCAGUGUGACUAUGUGUCAGAUUGUCAAGAUGGAUCAGAUGAGAAAUAUUGUGAGUGUGGCCUUCAGCCGUCCGCGAGCAGAAUUGUCGGGGGAACAAAUGCCACUGAGGGUGAGUGGCCGUGGCAGGCGAGUCUACAGAUCAGUGGCCAACACGUUUGCGGGGGCAUUCUCAUCAGUGAGAAUUGGGUACUCUCUGCAGCUCACUGCUUCGUUAGCAGAUUCGCCCCACCUGACCGGUGGACUGUUGUCCUGGGCAAGUUCAAGCUUGACAUCGUCAGCUACCAUGAGCUCACCUUCAAGGUAGUGAAGAUCAUUUCUCAUCGAUACUAUGACGAUGACACCUAUGACCACGACAUUGCUCUACUCCAGUUGGACCAACCUGUGUCCAUUGACGCGUACACAUACCCCAUCUGCCUGCCAGCUAAAACUCAUAUGUUCGAGACAGACAAAACGUGUUGGGUCACCGGCUGGGGAACAACUGAGGAAGACGGUUCUGUAGCAAAUGUUCUCCAGAAAGUCGACGUCAAGCUAGUUGAUCAGUCUACCUGCAAUAAAGCGUAUUCCUACACCAUCACACCCAGGAUGAUCUGCGCUGGCUAUCCCGAGGGAAAGAAGGAUUCCUGUCAGGGUGACUCUGGAGGGCCGCUAGUCUGUGAAGAGACGAGCGGGCGGUGGUUCCUGGCCGGAAUCGUCAGUUAUGGUUACGGCUGUGGCCGGCCGGAAUACUACGGUGUCUACACGCGGGUGACCAGGCUCAUCGAUUGGAUUUAUGCUAAUAUUUCAUAACCACCGGAGAUUCCAAGAUGGGAUCCUGGAAUGUGUAAGACAGAUGGUGGCACUCACAAUGCUCCCUCAGGACUAUCAAUCAGGAACUGGAGUUUACAGCAUAUGUUCGGCCGAGGCAUCCAACCUGUUGAGAUGUUGUCACGGUCUCCUCUGUAAAUAAAGCAAGCAGCCAAUGAGCCAACCCCACCUCCCCACGCAUACACACAUACACACACAUACACACAUAUAUAUAUAUAUUCGCACACACACAUACAUACAUAUAUAUAUAUAUAUAUAUACACGCACACACAUACAUAUACACACACACAUACACAUAUACAUAUAUAUAUA